UCUGUGUCCUCAGAAGAAAGCGAACUGUCGAGCUUCCACGAUGGAGUCACGGCGCUGCUCUGUAUUGCCGCAUCGAAUUUAGUCUGUUCGCUUUGGGUAUUUGCGUUCCGACAGUUUGAGCGACUUCAUAAUUCACACGAAAAGGACGUCAGAAUGAACUGGGCGUUCCUCCAGGGCUUGUUGAGCGGGGUCAACCAGUACUCCACGGCGUUCGGCCGCGUCUGGCUCUCCAUCGUCUUCCUCUUCCGGGUCAUGGUGUACGUGGUGGCGGCCGAGCGGGUCUGGGGAGAUGACCAGAAGGACUUCCAGUGCAACACGGCCCAGCCCGGCUGCCACAACGUCUGCUACGACCACUUCUUCCCUGUCUCCCACAUCCGCCUGUGGGCCCUGCAGCUCAUCUUCGUCACCUGCCCCUCACUGCUCGUGGUCAUGCACGUGGCCUAUAGGGAGGAACGCGAGCGCAGGCACCGCGAGCGCAACGGGGAGGACUGUGGCCGCCUGUACAAGGACACGGGCAAGAAGAGGGGUGGCCUCUGGUGGACCUACGUCUUAACCUUGGUCUUCAAGGCCGGGGUGGACGCCACCUUCCUCUACGUCCUCUACUACAUUUAUGAAGCUUACGACUUCCCGCGCCUCAUCAAGUGCAGCCAGAAGCCCUGCCCCAACGUGGUGGACUGCUUCAUUUCUAGGCCCACGGAGAAGAAGAUCUUCACCAUCUUCAUGGUGGUCACAUCCAUUCUCUGCAUCUUCCUAAACCUCUGCGAGCUCAUCUACCUCCUGGGCAAGCGCUGUCGGGAGUGCGUGGUCUCCAACAACCGCCGGCGACAGCUGUUCAUGGCCUCCACCGUGAUCAACAACAAGGAGAGCAACAGCAUUAUGGAAAACUCUCUGAAGGUGCCGCCCUAUGCCCCUCCCAGCAUUAAGGUUUCCAAGUAGUUGCGGCGUUGCUGCUCAGCAUUAAGAAAAAGAAAUACAAGAAGCUGUUCAUUCCACUCAGGUACUAUACUAGGGAGGAAGUGGACUGCAGGACUUCAGGAAGCUGCACUUGACCCAUCGUUGUGGAUUGCUCUUCCUGACCAGGUUGUUUCAUGCAAGGCAAUGGUUGUGGGUCAGUGCUAAAGCCGUACAUAAAAAGAAUGGUUCUUAACAACGAUUUUUUUGGUCACCAUUAAACCAUUGCAAAGCACACACGCUUGAGCAGUUACUUAACAAAUCUGAAAGCUGGGGCAAAAGCUGCACACCAUGGGAGAAAAUAACACCAAUUGAGCAUCCAUCUGUCUUAGGGUUAAACGUAUAAGGAUGUCAAGUAGACUAACGUGUCAACUAGGCCUUAAUCUGUGCACUGUUGUUGGCUAAGGCUGUCCACUCAUACCCACUGGCCUGAAGUAAGAGUUUGCCUUCAGGCCCCCAGCAGUCCUAUGAGCUGCAUGGAAGAUGUGACGGCUUCAGUGGCCAUUCAGUAGGUCAUCUGCAGCCUAACCAGUAACCAUGAGGCUCGUUAUCAGCACUUUUCCUAUGGUGCACCACUUUUCCCCCCAGCUCUUUACAUAAAGUCAGAUUUUUUUUAGAUAAGGCUUCUGAAGGAGCCGAUCAUUUCCUGACCCUUUGAACCAUUUCCAGGACACAUCACCACGAUACCCCUUGCCACAUGGCCAUAGCAGUGCAGGAACUGUCUCAGUAAGUUCAUUGGUAUCGUAGUGAUGAGGCUAAUUCCUUAGUCUUUUUGAAGAGCCUUCUAAUCAAAAGGCAAUGCCAUUUUAUUACCUUGCUGAUAAUCAUGCACGUCACACAGCCUUUGUUCAACGGAAAUUAAUCUGUGGUUAGCCGGUGUAAAUGUAAACAAGCCUUUUUGGUAGAAUAUCUCACAUGCACUAAUGCAUGUUGUUUACAGUCUGCUUUUAGGAAUUUGAUACUUAACUGAGGUCCAGUUUUACACAACUUUUUUUUCCAUGGUUGAACAUUUCUUUCUUCUAUGUAGCAGUAGCUAUUUUUUCAAGGGUAUUUUUGCCUCUUUAUUUGGUACCAACUUUUUUUUUUCAAGAAGAGUUUUAGUAUCAAAGAUUACAGAACUGAGGAAUUCCAACCCUUCAUGUAAAUGCCACUGCCACCGGCGUUAGAUUAUCAAACGGUAUUAUCUUUUUUUUUUUUAUUGUUAGAACAUUUUAUGUUCCAAUCUAAGUUUUCUGUAUGCUCUCCAGUUCUGCCUUUACAAAAUUAACCAAUUCAGUACCAAAUACAUUGUUCUUUGAAAAAACAAUCAGAACAUAAGCUGUACUUAUCAUUUUAAAUCAAUAUUUCUUCACAAAUUUAAAUCCCUUGUUUUGGCUACAAACUGCUGCGUCCUAUUUUGAGAACAGUCAAGUUAGACGUGCCCCUAAUCAGAGCAGUGAAAUUACACGCUGGCUGUGAAGCAGAGUAAGUUAACAUAACAGUAUAGUUAUGAGAAGUAGCUGCCAGGUUACAAUUACAAAGUAGCCUGUCCUCAAAUGAGGACAAUGGCACUUAAUGGGUGAACCAUAAAUGGAGCAAUACCUAGAAAAGGACACAACUGUUACUGUACGAAGUCUGUAUUACAGUGAAAAUGAUUGUAUCAAUUCACUGCCUGGCACACGGAGUGCAGACUAUAAACCCCAUAGUUACAGCAGUACCAUGACAGGUGCUUUGUUCAUUCAUUUCGUCUGAAUGCUUUGUUACACUAUAUUGGGCUGUUUCAUCUGUUUACAUACAUUGCUUUAUAUGUGUUUACAAUGUAUACAUGGAAUAGUGAGUUUCUAUACUGCCAUUUGUGUCUGUUCUAAACCUUUUGUCAAUCAGUACUGUUAUAUAUUUUUUAUAUUUCUAUGAAUAAACGUAUGACAUGUUUAAUUUCA